AUGCAGUUUGCAUACCAGUGGACAGGCUUGCUCCGCUCGUUGGCGAGUAGAGAAGGUGCCCUGCCAGAGGUGAAGAUCACUGCCAUAGGCCUCCCCAAGCCCAAAUCCUACCCAACCGAGAAGAUCGAGGAAAUAGGGUGCCGGCUCGGCAGAUGUGCCCAUGAGUUUGGUCUGCCUUCGUUCAAGUUCCACACUAUCAAGACAAACUGGGAGGACGCUUGCAUCGAGGACCUGAACAUAGAGGCCGAUGCGGUGCUUGUCGUGAAUGACCUCUUCAAUUUCAGCACCUUGAUGGAUGAGAGCAUAUCCUUUGAUGGCCUAAGCCCCAGGGAUAUCGUCCUCAACAACAUCAGCAAGAUGCGACCACAUGUGUUCAUCCAGAGCGUCUACAAUUGUUCGUAUGGUUCGUCCUUCCUGUCACGGUUUCGAGAGAUGCUGUUCUACUACAUGGCACUGUUUGACAUAUUUGAUGCAACCAUCCCAAGGGAGAGUAGAUCUCGAAUGGUGCUAGAGCAGAUCGUGCUUGGACGCUCUGCGGUGAAUGCCCUCAGCUGCGAAGGCGCGGACCUAGUGGAACGCCCUGAGAGGUACAGGCAAUGGCAGACGCGAAACCAACGGGCUGGCCUGAGGCAGCUACCACUGAGGACAAGCAUUGUAGAGGUAGUGAAAGAUAUGGUCAUGAAGCACCACCACAAGGACUUUCUGAUCUCCCAGGAUGGCCAAUGGCUUUUGCAAGGAUGGAGGGGGCGUGUCCACUUUGCUCACUCGACAUGGGUUGCAGCAGAUGCCUUUUCUAGAGUUUAG